AUGAUAAUAGCGUUCGCCAGUCGAGCAAGAGCCUCGAAAUUCCUCAAUGGGUUUUGUAGGGCUUCUUCUAAUGCUGUUAGACAGCAGCAGGUGAAAAAAAAUACAACUAUUCAAGACAAAAAGCUAUCGUUAGAUAAAGAUAACUAUAUUAAGUCGAUCCAAGAAAGGAUAUCAAAGAUUCCAAUAGAAAAUUACAGAAACUUUAGUAUUGUUGCUCAUAUUGACCAUGGAAAGUCUACAUUGUCAGAUAGACUAUUGGAAAUGACGGGUGUAAUACAACCAGGUGAUUCGAAUAAGCAGGUAUUAGAUAAGUUGGAUGUAGAAAGAGAACGUGGAAUUACGGUCAAGGCUCAGACUUGUACCAUGUUUUAUAAGAAUCCAAUAACUAACCAAGAUUACUUGCUACAUUUGGUUGAUACUCCAGGUCACGUCGACUUCAGAGCAGAAGUAUCUAGGUCUUAUGCUUCUUGUGGAGGUGCUCUCUUACUAGUCGAUGCUUCGCAGGGUGUUCAAGCUCAAACCGUAGCUAACUUUUACUUAGCUUACAGUAUGGGUCUAAAAUUGAUACCAGUAAUAAAUAAGAUUGAUCUUGAUAAUGCUGACAUUCCAAGGGCGAUGGACCAAGUUGAAAAUACAUUCGAGCUUCCUAGAGAAGACUGCAUUCCUGUAAGUGCUAAAACAGGAUUAAACAUAGAUAAGAUUAUCCCUAGUAUAAUUGAAAAAGUUCCUUGUCCAGCAGGUGACAUAGACAGACCUUUGAAGGCAUUAUUAGUCGAUUCGUGGCAUGAUCCAUACGUGGGAGUUGUUAUGUUGAUCCAUGUCGUUGAUGGUAGCUUAAAAAAAGGAAUGAAAUUGAUUUCAGCUCACUCAGAAAAGAGGUAUGAUGCAAAAGAAGUUGGGAUCAUGUAUCCCGAUAAAACUCCAUUGCAGGCAAUAACCGCAGGCCAGGUGGGUUAUAUAAUUCCUGGAAUGAAGGAUCCUAGCGAAGCAAUGAUUGGUGACACAUUUUUCCAAUAUGGUGAGCAUCAGGGCCUAACGCCGCUCCCUGGCUUUGAAGAGCCUAAGCCAAUGGUAUUCGUUGGCGCUUUUCCAGCUGAUGGAGCAGAGUUUAAGGUAAUGGAUGAUCACAUACAAAAUUUGGUGUUGAAUGAUAGAUCGGUAACUUUGGAAAAGGAAACCUCUAAUGCAUUAGGACUUGGUUGGAGACUAGGAUUUUUGGGAUCUUUACAUGCUUCAGUAUUCCAAGAGAGGCUCGAAAAGGAAUAUGGAGCUAAGAUUAUUUUGACUGCACCCACUGUCCCUUAUAAGAUGGUUUUCAAUGAUGAAACAGAAAAGGUGAUUACAAAUCCCAAUGAAUUUCCAGGAGCUGACUUCAGGAAUCAGAAUAUUACCAUGUUGAUGGAACCGUAUGUAAAAGCAAUUAUUACAACCCCAAAUGAGUAUGUUGGCGUGGUAAUGUCACUAUGUGAAAACAACAGGGGUAUUCAGAAAGAACUAGAAUAUCUCACAACUGGUCAAGUCCUUUUGAUUUAUGAUAUACCGUUAGCUCAAUUAGUAGAAGACUUUUUCGGAAAGCUCAAAGGAUGCACGAAAGGUUACGCUUCACUAGAUUAUGAAGAUUCUGGAUACAGAAAGUCUGAUAUAGUAAAGUUGGAGCUUUGUGUAAAUGGUGAGCCACAGGAUGCUCUUACGCAGAUUUCUCAUCGAUCUCAGACUCUUUCUAGAGGAAAGGAGAAUGUUGCAAGAUUUAAGGAGUACCUUAGAUUUCAGCUUUUUGAGGUUGCAAUACAGGCUAAAGUUGGUAACAAAGUUGUGGCAAGAGAAACUAUUAAAGCGAAGAGAAAGGACGUGACGCAGAAAUUACAUGCUGCGGAUAUAUCCAGAAGAAAGAAGCUUUUAGAGAGACAAAAGGAAGGUAAAAAACAAAUGAAGUCAACAGGAAAAGUUCACAUCGAUCAUUCGGCGUUCCAAUCAUUUUUGAGACGUUCAUUUUAG